AUGUCCACUGAGGGAAAACGAAUGGAAAAAAAUGAAGAAAAGAAACAAAAGACCGAACUGCAAAAAAAAAGAAAAAAAAAAGGAAAUAACGGAAUGAGAAGUUGGGUUUCCAAUGGGGUUGUUUGCAGCUGCUUUGAUCCAUUUUUUGUUUUUGUUUUUUUCUCCGUUUCUUUUUCUUUUCUUUUCAUUGGAUCAUUGUCAGUGGUUUUGAUCGAAAAGGUUGGCUGCGCUGUUAUGUCCAAGAGCAGGCCACGCAAGCAUCGCUGUGUCGCCCAGAUGGAAGAUGGCCUGACGGCAUCCCAGAGGCUGCAACAGUGGGGUGCCGCAGCGGAACUGCUGUACGCACCGAACAGCCCGAUUAAUCAGCCCCCGUCGCCCAAGGAGCCGCACACCUUUCUCGUGGCCCGCCGCAUCGCCACUGUGAUGGCGCGCCUGAACGAUCUUUGCCAAAGGGAAUCGGAAGUUCUUCUGACACCGCGGGAUGCUCUGCUUGAGCUGGCGGACAUUGUUCGCUUUGCUCUUGUGUCAUUUCACAAGGAAGUGGUCACAGGACAGCUGGACCGGGCGCAGGUAGCCUCCGUAUUAGCGGAGUACGUUGCUCAUCGAACGGCGCCCCACGCGGGUAUGGUGGAGGGACUUCAUGUAAUUACGUGGGUGAGUAUAAAACUCCGUGUG